AUGACGCGUGUCACCCAACUGGAAGCAAAUUUUCCUGAUUGUGAAAAGAUUGAGCAAGGAAAGGGCCCAAGGUCAGAGGUCCUUGUCAUAGGCGCAGGAUGGAAUUUUCUCUCUUUUAUGACUGCUAUCGUUGCCGCCGGGGCCACGGUGAUUGCAUAUGAGAGGGAUAGAAACAGGGCCGGCAGAGGCCCGACGGGAUCAACAAGAAUCAAUGAACCUUUCGAACUUGGUCAGCUUUCGCAAGCUGUACAACUACUACCAAAUCUCACAGAGAAACAGCUCACAAAACUACCACCGGUCAUCACAAAGAUCAAAAACCAUGAGAGAUAUCAAGAUUUGCUGAAGAAAGUUGCGUUUGCCAAGGAUUUCCGUUCGAAGAAAGAGGCAUUGUACAAGUCCCAAGGCAUCAAAAUGCCAUUUCUCAAGGUCGUUGAGGACUAUAAGAAUUUGCCGAUUUCGAAUAAAAUAACGAGAGGCGACCUUAUCAAGGUGAAAGAUUCUCUAGUCGACCUCUUGGUGAAGGAGGGUUUAGUAAAGAUGAACUAUCAAGAAGUGAAAAUUGAUCUUGUGAAAUCAUGGCUCGGAACAAAUAGACCAUGUUUCAUGAUCCCUGGUGAGCAGGUCAAUCUGCAGAAAUUGGGUAUGAAGCAUCUCGAGGGAUCUGCAGGACUUGUGCCGGAAUUCAUUGGGGGAAGUGAUGAGGUAAAGCAGAGCCUUGCGAUGAUCAAGACGGCCCAGGGCAACAGGCAUACCCCCAGCGUUGCACUUGUCGGAGGUGGGGCCAGCGCCAUGGCUUGUGGGCUGGAACUGCUUGAAGAGGUCGGAUCCAAGCCUUUAGGGGUUGUAUGGAUUCGUCCUGAGGAAAAUAUCUUGAUGGCAGACCGUUCCGACAGUGUCAAGCAAAGCCUGCGGUAUCGAGCUAUUGAUGGCCAUAUAUCGGCCUUGGUACCGCACAAGGAAAACCAAAUGAAGAACAAGAUUGAAUACGUGGGAGUCACCCACUUAGGGUCCAAGAAUAAGCGGACACGGGAACCCUGUGAUCUUCUCAUCCAUUGCCCCGACGAACGGAUUUCCUAUUCUCAAAAAGAGGAUGGAACGCUGCAGAGUGCUUUCGAGUCUAUUAAUGAGGACGCCAAGAAGUAUAGCAAUGUUCUGACAAGAAACGCAUCUUUUUACCCCAUGGGGCUUGAACAUGAAAUUAUGCUCCGGCUGAGAAAAGGUGAGAAGUUUGACGUGAAGACAUUGAAAGAUGACGAACUGGUCAACUACGUUGAAGAACUCAAGAAACGGAGCGAUCCUACGCAAGCAACCAUCGUGAUCUCUGGAGUAAAUAACUACACCCGACGUGCCAUGUGGGCUCUUAAAGAGCUCGGCUUCAAGGGUCACGUACUUCAGGUUGCCAUUCCGUCCCGAGACGCAAGAGUUACUAGUGAAGAAGAGAAGCUCAAGAAUAAGGUGGAAGAAUGCAAGAGACACGGCUUGAACUGGAUCUCGGUCAGGGGCCGCUUGGGAGCGGAUGGAACUAGUCUGGUAAAUGGCAAGUUCCAACUAGGAGUGAAGGAUAGCAAGAACAAAACAGUCCCAGUGCCGCCCGUGGACGUGGUCAUCAACGGGGCGGGCAAGACGAAGAUCACGCCGCUCGUCAACGCGAUGAAGCAAGAGAAUUACAUUCGCGAGACCUCGAGUAAACAACUCGUUUCGAAUCAUGAAAAGUUGUAUGGGACCAAGGGCUUCUUUGUAGAGGCCGACGCUACUCAAGGCUCGGUGGACCUGUCCACCAGUACGAUCAAUUCUUGGCCUGGGGUGAUCAGAUUGAUCGAUCCCUCGGGAUGGGAAGACACGUUCUGGGCUACUCGGAGAGUCUUGGGUACAAAAGGGAAAUGA